UGUUGCGUCACACCACAGCCAGUCACAGUGGGUGUGUCUCUUCUUCUUCUUCUUCUUCUUCUUCAUUUGGUCACCCUCUUCCCCCCCGUCAAGCGGCGCCAGGAAGUGGCGUGCUGUGACGGCCGCGGCGCGAGAGACGUGGACACACCAUGGCAUCAUGUCCGCCUCGUGGCCUUCUACCAUGAGAGGCCCCCGGGGGCCCACCCCGAGUCCUGUGGUGUCCCUGCUGCUGCUGCUGUGGCUGCUGACCGGGCCCUGGACCGGGACAGUGUCCUGCCAAGAUGAGCAAGAAGGCCAGACGCCGGCCGGAGAGACGGAAGACUUGGAACAAGUUGUGGAAGGCGAGGUGGAAGUCCUAGAACCCACGUUGUCGCCUCCAGAGUCCCCCCCGACCUUGGACACAUCCCCCACCCAGGAGGGCGGCUCACAUUCAGAAGUUACAGGUGAAGGCGUAGAUCUCGGUUCCGGAGCAAACAGUCCAGAAACAAGCCCAGAUGCUAAUAGCAGCUUCCCCGACUCCACCCUCAGUCCUCUGGGAGACAACGGCCUGAGUCUGAGCGUGGUCAUCAUCCCCGUGGCCCUGGCGGUCCUCAUCAUCGCCAUGAUUGUUUCUGGCCUCUUCAUCAAACGCAAGUUCAGGAGAGAGCCAGCAAAUCCUGAUUCAGGAAAAGACGAUCCAUUUCUGGACGGGUCCAGCCUGGACAAAGUGCCAAUGCCCAUGUUUGAAGAAGACGUGCCCUCCGUCUUGGAGCUGGAGAUGGACGAGUUGGACCAGUGGAUGAAAAAAGACGGUUGACAGUGGAUGUGGACGUUCAAGCAAUCAAGCAACAUUGUCUUCUUCUUUGUCGCCUCCUAACCUCCAAGUUGAUAACAACAAUAAUAAUAAUGAUAAUAAUAAUAAUAAUAAUAAUAAUCCCUAAAAAACCCAAGCUGAUGUCUGCACUGAAGAUUUGCCUUCAUUGUAAAUAUACUAAUACUGUACAUUUGACUGUCCUUCUUGUAAAUAAAAAUGUCCCUGUGGAAACA